AUGUCUAAAAAAUUUGAUAAAAAGAAUUCACAGAAAUACGCAGUGGUUCAUAGACCUCAUGAUGAUCCUAGAUUUUACGAUGCAGAAGCAUCUGAUCAUAUUUUGGUGCCUAUUAAUAACCCAAAUGAACGUUCUAAAAAGGCUCCAACUCCUAGAUUUGAAAAGCCAAAAUCUUCUGCAAAUAGAGACGCAGCCAAUGCACACGCUGGUGAAUCUGCACUAUACGGUAUUACUUUCGAUGACUCUAAAUACGAUUAUACCCAGCACUUGAAACCUAUUGGUUUAGAUCCUGAAAACUCUGUCUUCAUUCCUGUAAAGAGUAAUGCUGUUGAUGAUGAAAAUGAGAAGCUUCAAAAGAAGAAGAAUAUCGAAGAUUUAUUUGUGGAGCCAAGUUAUAGAGAUGAAGCCAAACCACAAGCAUCAGCUCCUCUAUUUCAAAGGGGUAUGGCGACCGCAGAAUACUUAAAACAUCAGGAAGAAAUCUCAAAUGAUAUCAGUGGGUUUAGACCUGAUUUGAACCCUGCCUUAAGAGAAGUAUUAGAGGCAUUGGAAGACGAAGCAUACGUUAUUAACGAAGAUAUUGAAGUGGUCGUUGAUGACAAAAGUAAAGUUAAGAAGUCGAAGGAAGCUAAAGUUGAGAAUACAGAAGAAUUGGAAGGAGAUGAUGAUUUUUUUGCUGAAUUAUUAGGAGGUGGUGAAGCUGCCGAUGAAGAUGAAUUUGAAGAUGAGUUCGAUGAAUGGGACGUUGACAACUUGCAAGAUUACGAAGACGAGCACUAUAGAGAUGAGAUUGAGAAAUUAGAUAAUAUCGAAAAUCUAGAGGACCUACAAGGCAUCGACUACCAAGCCGAUGUCAGAAGAUUCCAAAGGGAGAAGGCUAGAGCCAGAAAGGAAUACGAUACUGAUGAUGAUUUCUCACAAGAUGAUUUGGAAAGUAUCGAACCCUUAGAAGACGAUCUUGCUGGCGAAUUGGAAAACGAAGACGAAGAAGAAGAAGAUGUAUUGGGUGACCUACCUACCAUCAAGACCCAAACCAAAGGUAACAAAAAGAGAAAGGAACGUAGGAAGAAAGGUGCCAUGUCCGACAUAUCUGGAUUCUCUAUGAGUUCCAGUGCCAUUGCUCGUACUGAAGUCAUGACAGUAUUAGAUGAUAAAUACGAUACCAUCAUCAACAGCUACGAUAACUACGAAGAAGAGCAAGAAAUAGAUGAAGAAGAAAACUAUACACCUUUUGAUAUGAAGGAAGAAAGAGCAGAUUUCGAAUCGUUAUUAGAUGAUUUCCUUGACAAUUAUGAAUUGGAAAGUGGUGGUCGUAAAUUAGCAAAGAAAGAUAGCGAAAGAGACAGAUUGAAAGCUGCUGCUGAUGAAGCCAGUAAAGGUAAGCUUUCUAUGAGAAGAAAACGUGAAAAUAUGGUCAAUGCUGCUGCCAACAGUCUUCAAAGUCUGCAUUUAUAG